AUGUCGACUAGGCCCAAGCUUCUCGUUGUCUUGACAUCUCAGGAUAUCCUACCAACUCGGGAGGACUUCAAGACUGGAUGGUAUCUUCCCGAGUUCGUUCACCCAUACAACGCUCUUGCCCCUCAUGUGGACCUCGUCAUCGCUUCUCCUAAGGGUGGUGUUGCUCCCCUCGACCCCUACUCCGUUGAGGACAGCAAAGACGAUGUAGAGUGCCAGAGAUUUCUGAAAGACAAGAAAGAUCUUUGGGAAAAAACUGAGACCCUGUCGUCUUUUAUCGGAAGGUCUGCCGAGUUUGCCGGCGUGUUCUACGUUGGCGGACACGGGCAUCUAGCCAUGUUUGAUCUCGCCGUCGACCAAGUCUCACAUUCUAUCAUCCGAGAGUUCUACGAAGCAGGCAAGGUUGUCUCGGCCGUCUGCCAUGGCCCCGGCGCCCUCGUCAAUGUCAAGCUCACAAACGGGGAGUACUUAGUCAAGGACAGCGAAGUUACAGGAUUUUCAAAUGCUGAAGAAGACGCCUAUAGCUUCACAGAUGCAAUGCCAUUUCUUCUAGAAACGGAACUCAGAAACCAUGGCGGGAGGUACGUGAAGGCGGAUCAGCCGUUUGGGGUGAAAGUCGUGACGAGCGGCAAGGACGGACGCUUGAUUACAGGACAGAAUCCACCUAGCGCAGGGGUUAUUGGGGAAGUAUUGUUGGAAGCCAUCAGAAACCAGUAG